UCUAGCGUGUCGUUUAAUUGUUAACGCAGAGCGGUUUCUCACUGUGCUAAAGUUGGUGUUUAGCACGCAUGCCCUGUGCUGAACGAGUCUUUCUGUCCGGCCCAAAGUCACAUCUGAGGAUGUGCGAGAAAAUAUCCGGUUGCAACUGACAGGCAGCGGCAGCCGGAGCGCUAAAAGCGGCGUCUUCCCACGGGACCGCCUCACCUCCUGCGAGCGAGCGCGCAGAGUUUGCGCGAAAAAAAAAAAAGCCACGUUACGACUUAAUAACGCAGCCGCGAAAUUAUAGCAUGGGCCAGCUAUGUUGUCCAGAAAAGGACUCAUUCCCGAGGAUUAUCUGCUGACCCGCUUGGCGGAGAAUGUGUUGCAGCCCAAAUUCAAGGCUAAACAGCGGAAAGCGCGAUUCGUCGCCAAGAACGGAACGUGCAACGUCGCGCACACGAACAUCCGCGAACAAGGACGCUUUCUCCAGGACGUCUUCACUACUCUAGUGGACCUAAAAUGGCUUCACACGCUCCUGAUCUUCACCAUGUCGUUCCUGUGCAGUUGGCUCUUGUUUGGGAUGAUCUGGUGGCUCAUCGCGUUCGCGCACGGAGAUCUGGAAGCGAAAGGGGACGACUUUGUGCCGUGCGUAACAGACAUCCACUCGUUCUCCUCCGCCUUUCUGUUCUCCAUCGAAGUCCAGGUGACCAUCGGUUUUGGAGGGCGGAUGAUCACGGAGGAGUGCGUGUCGGCCAUCGUGAUACUGAUCAUCCAAAACAUCGUCGGUCUGGUGAUCAAUGCCAUCAUGCUGGGAUGCAUCUUCAUGAAAACAGCGCAAGCAAACCGACGCGCGGAGACGCUCAUCUUCAGCAAGCACGCGGUUAUCACCGUCAGAAACAACAAGUUGUGCUUCAUGUUUCGCCUCGGGGACCUGAGGAAGAGCAUGAUCAUCAGUGCCACCGUGCACGUGCAGGUGGUGCGCAAAACCGUCACCAACGAAGGCGAGAUCGUGCCUUUGCACCAGAUAGACAUCCAGAUGGACAACCCGGUGGGCACCAACAGCAUCUUCCUGGUGUCUCCGCUCAUCAUCAGUCACGUUAUUGAUAAAAACAGCCCUCUGUAUGAUUUAUCGGCGGCGGAUCUGCAGCACGAGGAUAUCGAGGUGGUCGUCAUACUGGAGGGGGUGGUGGAGACCACCGGCAUCACCACCCAAGCGCGGACCUCAUACCUGUCCGAGGAGAUCCUGUGGGGCCAGAGGUUCGUGUCUACGGUGUCCGAGGAGGAUGGGAUGUACGCCGUGGACUACUCGAAGUUCGGAAACACCGUGAAAGUGGCGACGCCGAGCUGCAGCGCGCGCGCUCUGGAUGAGGCGGGAGGGAUGGAGAGCGGCGCGUCAGUGAGGAGGAGAAUCAGACAUCAAAACACCAAAGUACUGUGAAUGUACUCUGUCAUUAACCUCCUGAGACCCAACGAAACUGUAUACAUAUAUAUAUAUAUAUAUAUAAUAUUAAGUAACCUUUAACACAUACACACACACACACACACUCUCUGGUUUCCAUUUUUUGUGGGGACAUCCUAUAGGUGUAAUUGUUUUUCUACUGUACAAACCGUAUUUUCUAUUGCCCUACACCAACCCUACCCCUUACAGGAACCUUUGUGCUAUUUCAGAUUUUCAAUACACUCCAUUAUGUGUGAUUCAUAAGCUUGUUUUGUCAUGGGGACCAAAAAAAUGUCCCCACAAGGUCAACAUUUACUGGUAUUGCUAUACCAUAACGUGAUAAAUACCAGGUACACACACACACACACACACAUAUAUAUAUAUAUAUAUAUAUAUAUAUAUAUAGCCAAAAGUAUUUGACUACUUUAGUAAUUUCCAUGAGUACAAAUGUGACCCUGGAACACAAAACCAAUCAUAAGGGUCAAUUGUGAAACUGAGAUUUAUACACCAUCUGAAAGCUGAAUAAAUAAGCUUUUUAUUGAUGUAUGGGUUGUUAUGAUAGAAAAAUAUUUGGCAGAGAUACAACUAUUAGAAAAUCUGGAAUCUGAGGGUGCAAAAAAUCUAAAUAUUGAGAAAAUCGCCUUUAAAGUUGUCCAAAUGAAGUUAUUAGCAAUGCAUAUUACUAAUCAAAAAUAAAGUUUUGAUAUAUUUACGGUAAGAAAUUUACAAAAUAUCUUCAUGGAACAUGAUCUUUACUUUAAUAUACUAAUGAUUUUUGGCAUAAAAGAAGUACCGAUAAUUUUGACCCAUAUAAUGUAUUGUUGGCUAUUGCUACAAAUAUAUCUGUGCUACUUAUGACUGGAUUUGUGGUCCAGGGUCACAAAUCUUAAUGUUUAAGCAUUAACAUAAACUACAUUUUUUGUGUGUAUGGACAAGAUUUUGGCUCAAGGUCUGCAUUUAAAGUCACAUCAGAGGUUUCUGCAGACCAGUCAAGUUCUUCCACACUGACUGAAUCAAUCAUUUCUUUUUGAACCUUGCCUUAUACACAGAGACAUUGUCAUGUUAGAAUAGAAAAGGGUCCUGUCCAAACUGUUGUUAUAAAAUUAGAAGCACACAAUUCCCUAGAAAACAUUAAGAUUUAUACUCACGGAAAUUACUAAAGUCAAACCUGUUCAUUAGAAGGGUGUGCUUGUGUAUAUAUAGCACACACACACACACACACACACACACAGCGGUGGCCAAAAGUAUUAUAUCACAUUUGCUCAAUGGGGUUGAGGUCCAAACUAAGCCAGUCCAUCAUUUUCAAUGUUCAGAUUUCUUCCGUCGCAGGUAGUUCUGGCAAUAGUUUUAUGGGAAAUAUAAUGUCCAAUUCAACAAAAACAACUUAAACCUCUUAAAUAUGUUAAGUGUUUUAAUAAUUUUGACCACCACUGUAUAUAAUUGUAAUAUAUUACAUUUAUUAUAUACACACACAGCUAAUAUUUAAUUUGUAAUUGUAAUUUAAAUGUAAUGUUAGUUUUUAAAAUAUUUGUAUAUUUGAUAUUUUUAUAUAUGCUGCUUAUUAAUUAAUUGUAAUAAUUCAUAAUUAUUAUACUAAAAUAUAUUUUAGUGUAAUAUUUAACAUUUUAAUCAUUUUUUAAAUAUAAAUUUAAU